AUGUCGCUAGGUUAUCAUUAUCUAGCGGAUGAGAGUUUUCAUAUUCCAGGUCCAGUCGAUGGUAUUAUUGGAUCGGAGCUAUUCCCUCAUCUUGUGAGCGGGACCAAGAUCAUGGAUGGUCCAGACGCACCUGUCGCUGUGCACACUCGAUUAGGUUUUGUGGUCAUGGGAAAGGCUCCGUUAGUGGGAAAGUCAAGAGAACAAAAGCAUACCCUUUUAUCCAAAUUGUCGAGUCCCGAGAUACAGGUUUUGGAACGGUUUUGGGAAAUAGAAAUCCCGACACCCGUCCGUCCUAUGAUCACUAAGCAGGACGCCGAGUGCGAAAGGCAUUUUUUAAACACGGUCCAGCGGACCGAAGGAGAUCGUUUUUCAGUCGCUUUACUCUUUCGUGAAGACCCGGAGAUCCUUGGGGAUUCCUCUGAAUUAGCUUGUAAACGAUUCCUGAACUUAGAGGCACGGCUGGCUCGCUCUCCCGACUUGAAAAAAGUGUACCACGACGUGUUUUAUGAUCAUUUACAGCAAGGUCAUAUGUCGCCCGUUCAGGGAGAACACGAUAGAACUGGAUAUUUUAUUCCGCACCAUGCAGUGUUCAAACCUCAGAGCACUAGUACACCUGUGCGCGUGGUGUUUGACGCCAGUGCCAAAACGAGUUCUGGAAAAUCGCUGAAUGAUGUUUUGUUUGUCGGGCCUAAAUUACAAGCCAACUUAGUAUCAUUACUCAUGAAUUUCCGAAUAUUUGCUUAUGCCCUGACCGCGGAUGUCCGACAAAUGUAUCGGCAAAUUUUGGUUACCGAGCGACAUCGUCGUUAUCAACGCAUAUUGUGGCGUUUUGAUCGUGAGCACCCGUUGUCUAUGUUUGAAUUAAAUACAGUCGUUUUUGGUAUUUCAUCUUCCCCAUAUUUAGCCUUGCCCAACAUCCAGCAGUUAGUUGAUGAGGAGGGUAAACAUUUCUCAUUAGCAGCAGAAGUUACCGCACGAGACAUGUAUAUGGACGAUCUUUUGACGUCCGUGAGUUCUCUCCAGGAAGCGAAAAUACUAUAUAGACAAUCUAAGGAUUUGUUCUGCAGGGGGUUCUGA